CGUUCGCGACGGGUCGUUCAGCACGUGAGUGGUGUUGUUUUUUGCAAUCGUACCUUCGAUAUAGUGUGUGAUCAAGAUCAGUUUCAUAGUACGCCUCGUGGUGGUUGGACCGGUUUGUUUUAUCGUCUAGAGUUAGUGUGUUGUGUACGUAAUCUACAAUCCAAAGAACUGGAAGAGGGAGAAAAACAAUGAAGUGGUUCACAUCUGUCUUCGCGCUACUCCUCGCGGCUAUGGCCGCACCGAACGUCGCCGGACAAUGUUUAGCCGAGAACGACAACAUUCAGCACACCAAAGCAGAUAACCCUCUAUCGCGAAAUCGGCUAUACAAAGGUGAAUCGAUUUUCACGCUUAAACUGCUCGAAGCUAUCAAUGCGGCCACGCCAACGGAAAACAUCUUUUUCUCGCCGUACAGUCUGUACCACGUGCUACUGCUGAUGUACUUUGGCGCUAAGUCGGACACGGAAAAGCUACUCCGUACCGGCCUGGAACUUCACUGGACCGAGGAAAAGCCGGUGAUAUGGCAGGCGUACAAUAUCGGCAAAAAGUCGCUCAGCACGCGAUUCAGCAACAACAAAGACAUUCAAUUUACCUCGAUCGAUAAACUAUUUUUCGGCAAGCACAUUCCGGUCGAGGAAUGCAUGGAGGACAAAUUCUUCGAGGAGAUUGAAAAGCUAGACUUUGAGAACGAGCCGGAAGCGCAACGUGUUUAUAUCAACAACUGGGUGGAGAAUGCGACUCAUGGUGAGAUCAAGGACUUGCUGAUCCCCGGUUCGAUCACAAGGAACACGAAGCUAGCGAUUGCAAACGCAGCAUACUUCAAGGGCACUUGGCAGAACAAGUUCAAGCCUGAGGACACCAAGAAAGACAUCUUCUACAUAUCAAACGAACGACAGGAGUUUGUUGACAUGAUGCACGUCGAGGGAACCUUCAGCCACACCGCCAACGAGAAACUUGCCUGCCACAUCCUGGAACUGCCAUACAACUCCGAGGACGAAGAUGCCCGUGUAUCGAUGUUUGUCUUUCUGCCACCGGCGGAACCGAACGCGCUGGACAAACUGUUAGCUCGGCUAACCUCCUCCACGGAUAUCCUCAGCGAAGUCGUCGGCGAAGGCAUCACCCGCCGGGUGGACGUUAAGCUACCCAAGUUCAACAUCGAGAAAACCGUAGAUAUGAAGACGGUGCUGGACCGGAUGGGCAUGGGUAAAAUCUUUGAAAACUCAGCAAACUUUUCCGGUUUCUCCAAGAAGGAACAGAUCGGUUUCGACGAGAUUCAGCAGAAAUCCAAAAUCACUGUCAACGAAGAGGGAUCGGUAGCGGCUUCCAGUACGAUUGCGUUCAGCUUCCGGUCGUCGCGACCGGUUGAUCCGGCCAUCUUCCACUGCAACCAUCCGUUCGUAUUUAUCAUCUACGAUUAUUCGACGCAGGCGGUCCUGUUUAACGGUGUCUACCGCCAGCCGGAAUGAUGUGAUAGUGCAGUGAUCGGGGCAGCAAACCUGGUAGUGCAGUAGUAUGUAAGGAUACAUUUUCAUUCCAAUGAUUGCGGCAGCAGCAGCUGCAGGGCCACUAUUUAUUAAUGAACAAAAGAAAAUAUCUCAGUAAUGAACGAUUAGAUAAGAUCAUUGUAAAGUGCUUUAAUAUAUGAACAAAUGGAAACGUGAAAAAUAAAAGCUUUAAACGAAA